AUGACAUAUUACGAUGUUCUUGGAGUUUCAAGACACGCUACACAGGAAGAGAUCAGGACUGCUUAUUAUAGAAAAUCCAAAGAAGUACAUCCUGACAGAUUCAAAAAUGCAAAUGAUGCAGAACUGAGACGAAAAAGUAAUGAAUUUAUUGAGCUCUCAACAGCAUAUGAGGUUCUUAAAGCUCCGCAACGACGAGAACUGUAUGAUGAAUUAAUGUCAGAUGUUUUCGAAGAUAAUCGAGAGUUAGAAAAUUCGGACUCCGAUGAGUUGUUUAUGGGCUUAGACCAUCAAUUAAAAAGACCAUUAAUUGACGAAGAUUAUGGUAGUUACCGGACACGUUUCCACUUCAUUGGUCAUUUUUUACUUUACUUAUUGCAAACUGUGAUUAUCUCAUUAAUCAUUGUUGGAUUUUUUAUUAGUCUUGCAAGAAAACCGUUAUUUGGCGAUUAG